CAUCAGUACUAAAACCAAAUGGCCACCUCACAACUUUCCGGCCACAUUUUCCGGUCAUCACUUCACCGGCGCACCAUUUUCCGGCAAUGCCACCCAACUUCAGUCUUCCUUACUCCCCCAAAAAAUAUCAAAACAAAACCUCUUAAAUAUGACAGAAAAUUCAAGUGGUUAAUAAAGUUUAGUUUAGUUGAUAAACAGACCCCAACAAAAAAACCAACAGUUGAUAUGAAACAAUUAGUUGAAUUUUUAUAUGAGGAUUUACCUCAUUUAUUUGAUGAUCAAGGUAUUGAUCGAAAGGCAUAUGAUGAUUAUGUGAAGUUUAGAGAUCCAAUUACAAAACAUGAUUCAAUUGAUGGCUAUUUGUUUAAUAUUGCCAUGUUGAAACAGUUGUUUAGGCCUGAUUUUCAGCUGCAUUGGGCUAAACAGACAGGGCCCUAUGAAAUAACUACAAGAUGGACUAUGGUGAUGAAGUUCAUUCUUCUUCCAUGGAAACCUGAAUUAGUCUUCACUGGCACUUCUGUUAUGGGCGUCAAUCCUGAAACAAACAAGUUUAACAGCCAUGUGGACUACUGGGAUUCAAUUAAGAAUAACGAAUAUUUUUCCCUGGAAGGUCUGCUCGAGGUCAUAAAACAGUUAAGGAUUUACAAGACUCCGGACCUGGAAACGCCUAGUUAUCAGAUACUAAGAAGAACAGCAACUUACGAGGUCAGGAAAUAUGAUCCGUUUAUAGUUGUUGAAACAGAAGGUGACAAACUCGCAGGAAAUAGAGGUUUCAAUGAUGUUGCAGGGUACAUAUUUGGGAAAAAUGCUGCAACAGAGAAGAUACCGAUGACUACUCCUGUCUUCACUCAGGCAUUUGAUGCUGAAAAAUCUAAAGUGUCAAUCCAGAUAGUUCUUCCAUCGGAUAAAUCUUUGAACAGCUUACCAGCUCCCAAUCAAGAAGGUAUUAGCAUAAGGAAGACAGAAGGAGGAAUCGCGGCUGCACUAAAAUUUAGUGGAAAGCCAACAGAUGAUAUUGUUCGCGAAAAGGAGAAACAACUUAGAUCCAGUCUUAUUAAGGACGGUCUCAAACCUCAAUCGGGUUGUAUGCUUGCUCGCUACAAUGAUCCUGGUCGAACGUGGAAGUUUAUAAUGAGGAAUGAAGUUCUUAUAUGGCUUGAGGAUUUCAAGCUGGAUUAACUCCCAUUCCAAAAAUUGCUGAGAUUUUCAUGUAUGUAAAACAGGAGAGAUUCACAAGCAAAGACAGUUUAGAAAAAUUCUUAUACUGAAAUGAAAUUAGUUCUCAAAAUGUUUAGAGAUUUUGACAAAUAUAUGACUUGUGCAUAGCCACAAAUGCUUGUGCUGAACUCACUUUACACUAAACAAACUUCUAUUGUGCAUUACAAAGUUCGA